UUCACUUGGAGCGCGCGGGAGACGGGGAGCAGGAUAGAGGCUCCCCGAGAUGACCUCACCCGGGGCUCCUCGACCAAUCAACUUCCGUCGGAGAGCCCGGGAGCAUUGGCUUUGGGCGGAAGCGGCUUUGUAGCGUAGGAGAAGCGAGAUGGGGGUGAAACUGGAGGUGUUUCGGAUGACACUGUACCUCACCUUCCCUGUGGCCAUGUUCUGGAUUGCCAAUCAGGCCGAGUGGUUUGAGGACUAUGUCAUACAGCGCAAGAGGGAGCUAUGGCCACCUGAGAAGGAGGACCAGGAUGAAGCUGAGCCCUCCUGGAUGCUGGUUGCGGUUGGCACAGGGCCUCCAGGGCAGACACUGAACUCUGAAGCCGUGGCCUGGGGGAGGAGGGGGUAGGGUGGUGGGAGAGGGGUCCAGGCCCUGAGAUGUGGGCCCCCCUCCUUCCUUCCUG